UUCUCUUUUCAGCUGCGCGCGCUGCUCGCGCUGCGCUUCACACACAACUUUAGAGACACAGAGAGCAGAGUGCCACGCAGAGCAUCGCUGUGUGAGCGUGUCCCAGGUAGAAUUAUCGUUAUUAUAAGAUGAUUCUGCUGCUCGGUCUGCUUUCUGUUCUCUCUGGAGAACUGGGUCUGUGCCGGAAGGAGGAUGAAGGCUUCAACUUUGAUGGAGACAUCCGCCAAUUCGUCGUGACCCCCAACAUGCUUUACAUCGCCACAGAGGAGAGGCUGUACCAGCUGAGCCACGACUUGACUUUGAUCAACAGUCUGACCCAGAGGGGAAUAAUAAAGACCGGAAACCAGCAGGAUGAUGUGCAGUUUUACCGGGUUUCUGACACAGCUGAGUGGAACGCAACUUUCAGCAUCAACGUGUUGUUGCCUUUCACAAAGAAUGACUCGCUGAUCAGCUGCGGUGUGACUGACGAUGACUGCGGCCACUGCGAGAUUCUGGACCUGAAGAACAUCUCCAAGCUUCUGCACAGAGAACACAUCCAGGUGGGGCCUCUGAAGCGCAGCAGCAGGUCAGUCAGCUUUCUGGUGGAUGUGAAGAAGAAAACUCAGGCUGACACUUACAUUCUGACCGCGAUCCAACAAAACACAGAAAAGCCCGAAAACAAUAAGUGUGGUAUUAAUCGGCAGACUGUCAACCUGCAAGAUACAGAUAACAAACAGGGUGGAGGCAUAUUUUCUCUAGCUGAUGGAGCUUCAGGCACACCUGGGAUCAAAAGUAAAGGUGAUGUGGAGUUUGUUGACGGGUUUCAGAUCAAUUCAACCAUCUAUCUGUUCUCCAACAUGCUCUCAGCUCAAACAAACAGAGUCCGUCUCAUUUGGCUCGAAGGGGAAAAGAGCAAAACUGAUACACUCAAGUCUCUGCGGGGCGCGACUCUCAGUGUCUCUGACAGUGAAAGCAGCAGACUCAUGGCCUCCUCGGUCAUCACGGGGGAGCUUUGGAGCGGCGUGUUCAGUGUGGAUGGAGGAGACACCAACACUCAGCUAAUGGUGUUUGACAUCAGCCCUGAUUACAGCAGUGAUGCCGACAGAGAUCCAGACUUCUACACCUCUGUGCCAUCAGAAGUGACGCCAAAGAUCCUCAAACCGAAGGCAGUGAUUUUCAGGCAGAGCUACAUGACCUCAGUGCUGGCAGUGAGGCAGAGAGGCUGGAUGGUUUUCUAUAUUGGGACAGGAGACGGACAGCUCAUUAAGCUGUCUGUGGACAAGAACUAUCACGCUGCCUGUCCCACGGUGCUCUACAGGACCAGUGAUGACCGCAAAGUGUUUCCCAAAUUACAUCUGGAUCCAGUGGGUCGUAAACAUCUGUAUGUGCCAUUUACAAACCAGGUGAAGCGAGUUCCUGUGUCAAACUGCAGCACGUACACAAAUGUGCAGGAGUGUUGGUCUGCACAGGAUCCAUACUGUGGUUGGUGUGGCUCUAAAAGCAGCUGCACAUAUGAAGAUGACUGCACAGAUUCAGACUGGCUGUCCAUUCCUGAUGAGUCCCAGCACAAAAUGAUUUCCCACAAAGUUGAAAAGGACACAAACGGACAGAUUUUACUAAAAAUCCACACACACCUGACUGUGGGCCAGGAAGGGCCGUCUAACUUUGCCUGUCAGUUCGCUGGAAGGUCCGGCUCGAUUUGUGCUUCGAAUAACCCUCCUCCACAUUUCCCACAAUGCACCUGCAUCCUGUCUGAUCGUACGCUUCCUGCUGAUGGUCUGCAUGUCACAAUAAAAUUCAGACUUGGGACAUCACAGCUGUCAGAACAACUGAGGUUAAACGACUGCUCUAACAUGAGUGGACCACCAAGUUUCAUGUUGUGUCGGCAGUGUAUCAAAGCUGGUUGUGGAUGGAACAAAAACAGCUGUUCCUGGGCUAACCAAGGAGAGACUGGUGACAGAGUUUGCCAAGAGUUGGAGUCUGGGAAGAACUUCUCCAUCCCAGAGAUCUCCUCCAUCACUCCCAGUGUGGUGUCUUUCUAUGGGACAAACCAUGCAGUGUUAUUAGGUCGUAACCUUGGUGAUGUGAAACGAGUGAGGAUCCAGACACACGCUGACUGUACUCCAAAAGAGUCUCCUGUUUGGGGCAACACUGGUAUCAGUCUGACGUUCCACAUUCCCACCACAGAACUUAAAGGUGUGGCCAGCGUCUGCGUUCUCCUCCCAGAUGGUAGUUGCCAUGGUGAGGCUAACAUCACUUACCGCUCAUCGCCAUCCUGUGGCAACAUUACUCCAAGCAGCAGCUGGAUGAGUGGGAAGAGGAAGCUCACACUCAUGGGGUCUCACCUGGACCUUGUUGAAGGGGUCGUACACAGCCACGCCAAGCACGACGUCAAGCUUCCCAUCGACAGCAGCUAUCAGGUCUGCAGACACACACAGUCCCUCCUCCUUCCAGCAGUUCUCUUUUCAGCUGUGCGCUCUGAGCUUUACGAACAAAUGAUCCUGCUGCUCGCUCUGCUUUCUGUUCUCUCUGGAGAACUGGGUCUGUGCCAGAAGGAGGAUGAAGGCUUCACCUUUGAUGGAGACAUCCGCCAAUUUGCCGUGACCCCCAACAUGCUUUACAUCGCCACAGAGGAGAGGCUGUACCAGCUGAGCCACGACUUGACUUUGAUCAACAGUCUGACCCAGAGAGGAAUCUUAAAGACCGGAAACCAGCAGGAUGAUGUGCAGUUUUACCGGGUUUCUGACACAGCUGAGUGGAACGCAACUUUCAGCAUCAACCCAAAGAUCCUGAAACCAAAGGCAGUCCUCUUCAGGCAAAGCUACAUGACCUCAGUGCUGGCAGUGAGGCAGAAUGCCUGGAUGGUUUUCUAUAUUUGGACAGAAGAUGGGCUGCUCAUUAAGCUGUCUGUGGACAGGAAGUAUCACGCUGCCUGUCCCACGGUGCUCUACAGGACCAGUGAUGACCACAAAGUGUUUUUCAAAUUGCAUCUGGAUCCAGUGGGUCAUAAACAUGUGUAUGUGCCAUUUACAAACCAGGUGAAGCGAGUUCCUGUGUCAAACUGCAGCACGUACACAAAUGUGCAGGAGUGUUGGUCUGCACAGGAUCCAUACUGUGGUUGGUGUGGCUCUAAAAGCAGCUGCACAUUUGAAGAUGACUGCACAGAUUCAGACUGGCUGUCCAUUCCUGAUGAGUCCCAACACAAAAUGAUUUCCCACAAAGUUGAAAAGGACACAAACGGACAGAUCUCACUGAAAAUCCACACACACCUGACUGUGGGCCAGAAAGUAUCGUCUGACUUCACCUGCCAGUUCUCUGCAAUUUCUGGCCACCUUUGUAUUGGGAAUAACCCUCCACGGUUCCCCCAGUGCACCUGCUACCUGUCUGAUCACACACUUCCUCCUGAUGGCCUGCAUGUCACAGUAAAGUUUAGGCUUGGAAAAAUACUCCUGUCAGAACAAAUGAAAUUAACCAACUGCUCUGACAUCCAUGGACCUCCAACUUCUAUCUUGUGUCAGCAGUGUAUCAAGGCUGGUUGUGGUUGGAGCAGAAACAGCUGUUCCUGGGCUAACCAAGGAGAGACUGAUGAAAGUGUUUGCCAAACGUUGGAGUCUGGGAAGAACUUUUCUAUCCCAGAGAUCUUCUCCAUCACUCCCAAUGUGGUGUCGUUGUAUGGCACAAACCAUGCUGUGUUAUUAGGUCAUAACCUUGGUGACGUGUCAGGAGUGAGGAUCCAGACGCACACUGACUGUGCUCCAAAAGAGUCUCCUGUUUGGGACAACUCUGGUGUCAGUGUGACGUUCCACAUUCCCAGCACAGAUAUCAAAGGUGUGGUCAAUGUAUGUGUUCUCCUCCCAGAUGGUAGUUGCCACGGCGAAGCUAACAUCACAUACUUGUCAUCACCAUCCUGUACAAACGCUACUCCAAGCAGCAGCUGGAUAAGUGGGAACAGGAAGAUCACAGUCAGAGGGUCCCACCUGAAGUUUGUUGAAGGCAUUGUACACAGCCAUGCCAUGCAGGAAGUUGCACUUCCCAAAAACAGCAGCUACCAGAGUCUCACCUAUGACUCACCUUCAGCUGAAAACAGUCCUGGGAUUUCUAGCAGCACUGUGUUUUUGAAAGUAGCUAAUCAAACCUUGGCCUGCUCCACAAACAUGUCCUACUAUCCAGACCCUGAGUUUAUCAGCUUCACAGCCACAAGGACAGGAAACAGUGUUCACAUCACUAUACGGAAAAAAGCCGAUAAACUGGAGAUGACAACAGCAGAGUUAGCAGUGUGGGGCGUUCAAGACAGUAAGGAAUACCGCUGCGCCAUGGAAACAAACAAAACCAGUGAUGAGACUCACUCUUUCACUUGUGAGGUUAAAAACCCACCCGACGUUGAAUUUCAGCUGUUGUUGAUAAAGUAUGGUAGCAGGACCGUAAGCCUCAGUAAGCCUCGGCCUUCAUCACACCUUCUAUUGCUGCUUUUGCUGUUGAUACCCUGUGUUAUUGCUGAAUGA